AUGAGUAGUUUACACCACAUCUGUUUCGUUUCAGAAGAGGUCACCAAGAAGAAAAAACCAAGGAGCAUGUUUAGCUGGCUCGGUGGUGAUUCUUCGAAAAAGAAGAACAAGGAGGUUUUGGACUCAGUAAGUGAAGGACUACGGAAAAUUUACAAGCAGAAACUAUAUCCAUUGGAGGAGCACUACAAAUUCCAUGAGUUCCACUCGCCUGCUCUCGAUGAUCCCGAUUUCGAUGCGAAGCCGAUGAUUCUUUUGGUAGGACAGUAUUCGACUGGUAAAACGACAUUCAUCAGAUACCUUCUUGAAGAGGAUUUUCCUGGUAUUCGUAUCGGUCCUGAGCCCACUACUGAUAGGUUCAUUGCUGUGAUGCAUGGAGACGAAGAAGGAGUCAUUCCUGGCAAUGCGUUAGUAGUAGACGCAAAGAAACAAUUCAGAGCUUUGAGCGGAUUUGGCAACGCUUUCUUGAAUCGCUUCCAGUGUUCUACGCUAAAUAACCAAGUGCUUGAAAGUGUGACUAUCGUCGACACACCUGGUAUUCUCUCUGGAGAAAAGCAAAGUUCUGGAAUGGUAAUCGCCGAACCGCGUGUAGAUCAGUAUCAUCCUGUUGUCGAGUGCCAAGUCGAUAUCUCGGUAGAAUUCAAACGAUGCAUUGAGGCGCUCAGUGGAAAUGAGGACAAAAUUCGUAUUGUCUUGAACAAGUCCGACAUGGUAGAUCAUCAGCAGUUGAUGCGUGUUUAUGGAGCUUUGAUGUGGUCCCUUGGAAAGGUAUUCAAAACCCCCGAAGUAUCUCGUGUUUACAUUGGAACGUUCUGGGAUCAUCCCCUUCACUACGAUAUAAACAGAAUUGAUCGCGGCUACGACUUUACCGGAGUUCUGGAAUGGUUCGCCGAACGUGUAGAUCGUAUCAUCCUGUUGUUCGAUGCGCACAAGCUCGAUAUCUCGGACGAAUUCAAACGAUGCAUUGAGGCGCUCAGUGGAAAUGAAGACAAAAUUCGUAUUGUCUUAAACAAGUCCGACAUGGUAGAUCAUCAGCAGUUGAUGCGUGUUUAUGGAGCUUUGAUGUGGUCCCUUGGAAAGGUAUUCAAAACCCCCGAAGUAUCUCGUGUUUACAUUGGAACGUUCUGGGAUCAUCCCCUUCACUACGAUAUAAACAGACGUCUAUUCCAAGAUGAACAACAUGACUUGUUCCAAGAUCUGCAAGCGCUUCCUCGUAAUGCAGCACUUCGCAAACUCAAUGACCUCAUCAAAAGAGCACGCUUAGCUAAGGUUCACGCUUACAUAAUCUCCGAAUUACGUAAGCAAAUGCCAACUAUGAUUGGCAAGGAAAAGAAGAAGAAGGAGCUCAUUCAGAAUCUAGACAAGAUAUUUGAACAGCUUCAGCGGGAGCACAACAUAUCACCAGGAGAUUUCCCGGAUGUGAAUAAAAUGCGCGAUAGGCUGCAAACGCACGACUUCACACGAUUCAAUCCAAUAAAACCGAAGCUACUUGAGAUCGUUGACGGCAUGCUCGCUAGUGACAUUGCUCGGCUAAUGGCUCAAAUACCGAAGGAAGAAGCUCAAGUGACAGCUGCUGCAACCACUAAUGGACAUGUAGCCGAACAGCCGACCGUGAAAAGGAGGAGCCUUCAGCCAAGCUCAAGAGGCCGAAACUCCCUUCGGAUUUGGACGGGGCGAAGGUUCGACAAAGGUGCCGAUGAACCUGAAUGGGUGGUUAGUCGCGAGCGAGCUGAUGCUGAUGCUACAUUCGAAAGCCUUGGACCCGUUGACGGCUUCAUCAGUGGGCGUGCUGCGAAAGAGCACAUGGUUAAGUCAAAACUGCCGAACUCAGUGCUUGGAAAAAUUUGGAAAUUGGCCGAUGUCGACAGGGACGGACAGUUGGAUGCGGACGAGUUUGCGCUUGCGAAUUAUCUUAUCAAUCUCAAACUCGAAGGUCAUGAGCUGCCAGUGGAACUGCCGAAGCAUCUGAUUCCACCAUCGAAACGCGAUAUGGAGCCAGUCUACCCGAAAUUGGAUGACGAAUGA